CCUUGAUGGAUAGUCUGUGAUGCUUGUUACGUUAGAUCUAAAUGAUGCGUGAUGAUUUGUUAACGGUAUGUUUGCUACGUUUAGACUUUUCGAGAAAAGGCACACGUGAAUAUAAUUUAGUUCACCAUCGUUUAAAAAUGUCCAGUGUUUGUAUUGACCUAGCCUUCUUACUACUGGAUUUGCUGUAUGUUGAUGUCGAUGGUACAUUUUCUACAUUGUGUCAAAUCCAAGAUCUUCAAGAUGUCAUUUUUAUUCGACUGGAUCUACAGGGGGUUUAGUAGUGUUUUACAGUUCUUAGGUCUGUAUAAAAAGUCUGGGAAGCUGGUUUUCCUGGGUCUGGACAAUGCUGGUAAAACAACGCUCCUUCACAUGUUGAAAGAUGACCGACUUGGCCAACAUGUACCGACGUUGCAUCCAACUUCUGAAGAGCUGACAAUCGGUGGGAUGACAUUCACUACAUUUGAUCUAGGAGGGCAUGUACAAGCUCGAAGAGUGUGGAAGAACUACCUGCCAGCUGUGAAUGGUGUCGUCUUUCUUGUAGACUGUGCAGAUCACGAGAGACUCACAGAAUCCAAGGCUGAACUCGAUGCUCUCCUAGGAGAUGAGACCAUAGUCAAUGUACCAGUGUUGGUGCUGGGUAAUAAAAUUGACCGCCCUGAGGCCAUCAGUGAAGGAGGACUUAGAGGAGCCUUUGCUCUUGAUGGUCAAGUUACCGGAAAGGGAAAUGUCUCUUUGAAGGAGCUGAAUGCCCGACCUCUGGAGAUUUUCAUGUGCAGCGUGUUGAAAAAACAAGGCUAUGGGGAAGGUUUCAGAUGGUUGUCACAGUACAUCGACUGACACGCAGGACUGAGGCUUAAACAGAAGGGAUUUCAUCGACACGUUUUCAUGAUGCAUGGCAGACUUUGUCUCUUUGAAAGUGUCAAUCAGCCCACAUUUCAAACAGUAUUGUUAAGAACAUAUUCUUUUUAAUACUUUAAUCGUUUAUUCAGGAUUUAAAGGUUUCUAUGCAAACUUUUAAAAGUGGUUCAUGGUGAACUGUGCUGCCUGUGUUAUUAAUGUGAGAGUUAAGUAAGCUGUAACAUGAGUAGUCAUGAAUUAUGCAAUAAUGUAGAUAUAUACAAAUUAGUGUGGGUUUAAUUAUUAUGAAGUAGACGUACUGCUCUUAUUGGAAUUCAUUAGGAGGAGUGUGAUGAAAAUUAAGGUCUCAGUGAUGAUUUUGGUGGGUAGUUUAAUGCUUGUCUGACAUUGGAUUAAGAUGGCCCGAGUUUAGGCUUUAAAAUAAGAUAAAUUUAAUCCAGAAGAUUGAGUUUUUCAUUAAACAUAGUGUUAUGCAGCCACUGCCUUCAAAGCAUAUAGCCAAAGAUGUAUGCUAAUGACUUUGGGAUUAGCAGGGAGGGAGAGAUUUCGACUUCAACAAAAGAAAUGGUUCGUGCUGAGCACUGAGCUAAAAUAACGUCAAAUCCCCUUCAGAAGCAAACAAGGAGGAAAGACAGCACGUCCCACUAUAAAUACAAAGAUGAUGGAAUAAACAGAGAAAAAAAUGAAAUGCUCACUGAUGAGUGUGCUCUGAAUAAUGCGUCUCUCACUUUCAGUGUCUUGAUGGAAUUGGCUUGUUUAGUUUUGCAUCUUUUCUUAUACUAGUAUGGCUUUACUCAGAGCCAUGUUAUAUGUUGUGUUGAAGGCAACUAAUUUGAAGUGUGUUAGGUGGACCAAAGUAAGUCUUCAUCAUCUUUGACUUUGGGCUAUUCAGUAAAGGGCUCAAAGACAAAAUGUUCAAGCAGAAAUUUAUGACUUUCGAUGGCUGCCCUUGCUCUAUUAUGUCAUGAAGGCUGUGAUAACGUAUUGCCUGUCAGGAAGCAAUAAAGUAGACUGACUGUACUGUAGCAGGGACAAUCUUACUCAACUGUAUUAAUGAGUAAGAAAGAAUAAAUCUAGUCCUGUUUAUUAAAAUCAACCAUUAAUGAAAUUAAUUGAUAAUUUGUUUUUUGUUAUUUAUUCCUUUAGUCUGGAGUCUGAGCAAUACGUGGGCAUGUGAUCAGCAUGUAAACUGAGCAACGGGGUUGAAGUGUUGCAGCUGAUGUACUUUUUGACUGUCUGAAAAGAUGAGAGAGUGCAAACGUAAAAUGUCAAAUUUCAACCUGUAAAUUAAUGUUCUGUUCUUAAUCUGGUUACUGAAGUGUUUUCGUUAUUUGACUUGACUACUGUUUCCUGCACCCCAUGUUUACAGAGUAACAUUUUGAAUGCUUUAUUAAUACAUGCAGGGAUAUUUGUGACUGAGAUAAAAAACAUAAACAUGACAUAGAUUUUAUACAGGGAAUCUUGAGUGUUUACAGAGAUGUAGUGUGCAUGUAAACAAACUGCUUUUCCUUUGAACAGUGUUCUGUACCAGUUGCUGAAUCCUGUAAAUUAUGUAUAAUACACAUGUAAAUGUUUGUACAGUAACUGCCCUUUAGCUGACACUUAACUGACAACAUCUACACAUAAAGAUUGAUCUAACAUAUGUGAUUAAAAACAGCUUUUUUUUGACUGUC